GAAAAGAAGUUUUAGUUAUUUUUUUAUAUUGUACAGGAAAUGCUGGAAGCUCUCAAGGCUCUUUCAACCUUUUUUGUUGAAAACAGUUUGCGUACCAGAAGAAACUUGCGUGGAGACAUUGAGCGUCGUAGCUUAGCCAUAAAUGAAGAAUUUGUCUGCAUUUUCAAGCAAGUUAAGGAGGAGCUUGAAAGUAUAAAUGAAGAUGUUCAGGCAAUGAGCAACUGCUGUCAGGACAUGACCAUUCGUUUGCAGGCAGCGAAGGAACAGACCCAGGAUUUGAUGGUGAAGACGACAAAGCUACAAGCAGAAAAUCAAAGACUAGAAAUGAAAGCACAAGUUGUAGGUGCUUUCAUAGAAAAAUUCCAGCUGACCCCAGAUGAAAUGAACCUCCUUCGAGGCACAAGAGAUGGCCCAAUUACUGAGGAUUUUUUCAAGGCAUUAGGAAGAGUAAAGCAAAUUCAUGAUGAUGUUAAGAUUCUUCUUCGUACAAACCAACAGAGAACAGGCCUAGAAAUUAUGGAACAGAUGGCUUUGCUCCAAGAGACUUCUUAUGAACGACUUUACAGAUGGGUUCAAAGUGAAUGUAGGACUUUGACACAAGAAUCAUGUGACAUUUCUCCAGUUCUUACCAAAGCCAUGGAAGCCCUGCAGGAGAGACCUGUUUUGUAUAAGUAUACCCUAGAUGAGUUUGGAACAGCUAGAAGAAGUGCAGUAGUCCGUGGCUUUAUAGAUGCUCUUACCCGAGGAGGACCGAGUGGUACUCCCCGCCCUAUAGAAAUGCACUCCCAUGAUCCUUUGAGAUAUGUAGGAGACAUGUUGGCAUGGCUGCAUCAAGCUACUGCUUCUGAAAAAGAACAUCUGGAAGCUAUGCUAAAGCUUGUAACUACUCAAGGUGUGGAAGAAAAUAUUCAAGAAGUAGUUGGGCACAUCACAGAAGGUGUCUGCAGACCUCUGAAGGUCAGAAUUGAGCAGGUGAUUGUUGCUGAACCAGGAGCAGUUCUGUUGUACAAAAUUUCUAAUCUUCUCAAGUUCUAUCAUCAUACAAUCAGUGGUAUUGUGGGAAACAGCGCAGCCACAUUGUUAAUCACAAUAGAAGAAAUGCAUUUGUUAAGCAAAAAGAUAUUCUUCAAUAGUCUGAGCCUACAUGCAAGUAAACUAAUGGAAAAGGUUGAACUCCCACCACCUGAUCUUGGCCCAAGCUCUGCACUGAAUCAAACACUUGCAUUGCUACGAGAGGUUCUGGCAUCCCAUGACUCAUCUGUUGUGCCCCUGGAUGCUCGUCAAGCUGACUUUGUGCAGGUUCUGUCUUGUGUGCUAGAUCCAUUAUUACAGCUGUGUACUGUAUCUGCUAGUAAUUUAGGCACAGCUGACAUGGCAACCUUCAUGGUAAAUUCACUUUAUAUGAUGAAGACUACCCUGGCUCUCUUUGAAUUCACUGACAAACGUCUGGAAAUGUUACAAUUUCAGAUUGAAGCACAUUUGGAUACUCUAAUAAAUGAACAAGCUUCCUGUGUGUUGACUAGAGCCGGUCUAAGUUGCAUAUACAAGUCUAUACAGCAGCACAAACCAGAGCAUGGUCCUCUGGCAAACAUGCCUAGUUUGGAUUCAGUGUCACUGAAGGCUGCAAUGGUUCAGUUUGAUCGUUACUUGUCUGCUCCCGAUAAUCUGUUAAUGCCACAACUGAAUUUUCUUCUUAGCGCUACUGUGAAAGAGCAAAUAAUAAAACAGUCCACAGAACUGGUCUGCAGAGCCUACAGUGAUAUAUAUGCAGCUGUGAUGAAUCCAGCAAAUGAAUAUAAGGAUCCAGAAACCAUACUACAGAGAUCUCCUCAUCAAGUUCAGACACUUCUCUCAUAAACUUAUUUUCCAAAUAAUUUUGUAGAUCACUUAUCCUAAUGUUACUUAACUUUACAUUCCCUCAAUAUUAAGGGCCUCAAUAUUUGCAAGUUUCUUUUUAAAUUUUGAUUUUUACCAUACAGUUGCCUGAAGGGCAGUGAGGGGGUUUUGUUUAAUGUGUUUAACAGAAAUCUGGCCACUUCUAUACACUUAUUAUGGAAAGGGAAAAGAAAAAUCAUGAUAACUUUCCAGUCGAAAUGAAAAAUAAUAUGGCCUGCUACUUACCUGGAACAGAGCUCCACAACCUCAGAUAGGAGACACUGUGGCUGGGGGCGGUACCAUAGAAUUAGUCAAAGUUUGUUAGGCUCUGGUGCAAGUGUCUGUUAUAUGCUUUGUAAAGACAUGUGCCCCCUGAAUGAAUUAAUUGUAAAUCACAUUUAGGAUUACAUUUUCCGGUGAAAUUCUGGGAUGGAGUGUGUUUAAGCAAUAGGUAGCUCUUGGAGGGUCAGCGUUAAUCCUGUGGGGCUUGAACAUGUGGGGCUGAGAAACUCUGUGUAGAAGUAACAGAGUCAGUGACUAGGAAAUGUGCCAUAGGCCAGUUGUUCCCAGCCUUUUUUAUACCAGGGACUGGCAAACCCAUUCACAAACUUUUAGUGGACUGGUAACAGUUUAUUUGCAUAUGUACAUAUUCAUUAUGAAAAUGAUGAAUAUGUAGUUAUGCAAAUAAAAUGUUCAGCCCUUGGUGCCAACUCUAACACCUAGAGCCCCCUACCGCUCCACUACCCAAAGAGUCCCCAUCACCCCGCUCAGUGUCAGCCUCCUGCCCUAGAAGACCCCCCCUAGUGCCAGCCCCCCAUCCCAAAUGCCGCAGUGCCAGCCCCGUGCCCCUUAGAAUCCCUUAACACCAAACCCCAGUACCAGCCUCCUGCCCUCAAAGCCACCCCCCCGUGCCAACCUCCCAUUCCAAACAUCUCUGUGCCAGCCCCUUGCCUGUUAGAACCCCCCCCACCAGAUUCCCAAUACCUGUUUCCUGAGCCCCACUGCAUCCAAUCCCUGCCAAAUGCCCCCUUAGUGUCAGCCCCCAAUAUUAGCACUGUCCCCAUAGUCCCCCUCACACUACUAGCUCAGUCUCCAGAGCCACCCAGCACUAGCCCUACCCUUGGAGCCCCCAGUGCCUGCCCGCCCCCCUCACCUAGCCCUGUACUGCUGCCCACGUCACAGCAGCUCUGGAGGCCAGGGCUGGGGUACUCUGCCCAGUGCCACCCCUCCCACCACGGCCAUUGGGAGAGACAUGUCCUGCCCCACCCCUCAGCCAACCAGUGCUGGGCAGGAACCGGGUCUUCUACUAGUACCAAAAUAGUGCUUCCCUGCACUGCAGCAGGGCUGUGCAGUGCAGGGUCUCCUCCUGGCUGUGGAAGAGCGCUUCCCUGCAUGGCAGGAGGGCUUCAUGGAGCUGCUCCAGAUGGCCUUCCUGCAGUGCAGGGAAGUGCUCUUCUGCAGCUGGGAGGAGACCCUGUCCCUGCCCUGUACUGGUUGGCUGAGAGGCAGGGCAGGACACACUUCUCCUAACAGCCACAGUGAAAGCCCCAGCCCCUAGAGGUCCAUGGCCUGGCAUUGAUAACCGCUGCCAUAGGCCAAGGAAGGUUUAAUCCAUCCAAGGUUUCAUGCUUGGAUUCCCUUCAUAGAAGUUCAGUAGUUGAUCUGCAAGGGGCACCUGACCAUAACUGUGACAGGCACCUGAAGAGGUUUAUAUAAAUAAUGUGCCUCCAUAGCAGUUAUAUGCUAAUCAGUGGCCACAUUGACUACACAAUGUAUGUCUGUAAAAGAAACAGUGGCAGAGAAGAGCAGCAAAUGAGAAUUUAAUAAUUCCUAAAAAAAAUCCCAAUCCAAUUCUGUUAGAAAUCAAUUGCUGUGGUAAUAUCAAAUGACAGUGUUCUUUUUUUCUAGUGUGUGGUAUAUUUUAUUAACUAGAAGACUGAAAUAUCGUCAGAUGUCUUCAAAUAAAUUACUCUGAUCUGUUAUAAAUGUGAAUGUUUGGGGUGCUUGAAUAAUUUAAAAGGAGAAUAAAAAGUAUGAAAUCAUUUUAACAUCAGGCAAGGCAAGGAAUCCAGCAAGCCUGGAAAAAGUUUCAAAU